UCUCAUGGCAUUUCUGCCACGGAUGGACGAGGCGAGUACGGGAAACGUGCCUUAGCGCAGGGGUGAAUGCGUGCACGGGUUCGGUCCUUUAAACGCUCCUUAGACCAUCGUUUCGCGCGGAAUUGGUUAACCUGAGGUGACAAUUCAUUUAACCACCGGUUACAUUGUAACAAUGGCAGUGCCAAACCUAAGCCCGCCGUCCUUGUCGUUAGUAUCGCGGCCGGGCAGCCACUGUGCUGUCUUUAUUAUCAGCUCCAUCAAACAAGCAGCGGUAUUUUUAUCAUGCUGAAUCAUCACAAUGAUGUAUUUAGACGUUCUGAGAACCCACCCCGCAACAUGGCACCACUGGACAAAGGUCCGCGCGGCGGACAAGGGUCGAUGUUUAUCACCAAGCCGCCCGCUAUUAAGCAGAUGAGUCGAAAUGGUGCUGAUCUGUCGCGCAAGUCAGUCAUGAAGCCACGAGCAUCAAGUGUUGACCGUCAUGCAUUUAUCAAUAGCAUCAUCUAUAUGCAGCCCGAGAAUGUGCAUUUUAUUGCAGCGCUGUCAUGAUGUGUAUCAACAAGCAAGGUGCGAGUACAUUUAGACUAAGUGCUUAGGUGUCAACUGCGAUGUCAAAUCCAUUUAAAAAAAUGCAUGAUAAGCAAUAUAUUAUGCCCGUGUUAUAAUGGAGGCCUGCGCUGAGUGGUUGUUUUAAAAUGGGUCAUGUGUGUAACGGAUGUAUGGAACUUAUUUUAGGUUGGAUAUUCUUAGUGCACUGGUAUUAAAUGGUAAUGCUUUGUCUUACAUUAUUUACCACAGUGAAACGCUUCUAUUUUCUUAUUACGGGUUGACUGAUGCUCUUGUUGCCCCGUGUGUGACAUGAUGAAAUUUGCUGCCUAUUAGAGUGCACGCGCAUGGAGGCCAGGUAAUGAAUUAUCCAUGGAGAAUCUCUGUGCAAUUCGAAAAGUCACCUUGGAAACUGUUGAGCAUAUACAGGCAGCAGAGAGAAGUUGCUCGUUCUUGCUCAGAUAUCCAACUUAUUUCAUCAUCUCUGUUCAUGCGAGCAGGGCAUUGAAGUGUGUUUAGCACACAGACCAGCCGCACAUCAGAAGCUCGGAUUUGCAAUAAAGCGUAAUGCCCAUCCCCGCCGUUCUCCGCAGGUAACAAGAACAGAUGAGGGCACAUAUAGGAGUCAGAUGGGGAUGGCAGUGGUGUGUGGAUGGAGACGGGGAGCUUGGAGAUUUAUCGCCCCUCGCACUGAGGUAGCCAAGAUAGAAUGAGGCAGGAUGCCACGGAGGUGAACCGGGUGCACAACUCGCAGCCAUUGGCGUUGCUUAGAAUGGCCAGACGUUGGAGGGUGGAAGAGGAUAUGCGAGGUUGAUGAAACGCGAGGCAAGACUUUACGAAGCGCAGCGUGCACGCUGGCCACCAGCACCUCUGCACAGCCAAAACAGCUGCGCCUUGGGAGUAGUUACGCCUAUUCAGGACAAUUAAUAGCCUCCAGAAAGGAACACAAAUGUGGGAUUUGUCCACAAAAGUGCUGCUUAAGCUGCACAGGGAAAUGGGAAUGCCUUGAAGGAAGGGAGAAAAAGAUCAAUAUAGUUUUUCCCCCUUUCUGCAACGAAAGGGGUGGGGGGGUGUUGGUGAUGAAACCUCUUGCAAGUGUAUUGCGGAUUAUGAUUGCUUAGCGUUGCGAUACGCCCGCACCACUUCUCAAAGUGAUACUUUCAUCCAGACAGAGUAGCGAGUGUAUUUGAUGAAUUUCUGUUUGGGGCUCGAGUUAGACUUGGCAUGUUCAUUACUGCCCUCUGUGUGUUUAUAAUAUAGAUUAGCCAAUAUUGGACAGAGCAUGGUGAGCGUAGGCAAAGAGCUUCUCACUGGCUGCUGUUUUUCAUCUAACCUACUUUUAUCUUGGCUGAUUUAUGUCUAGGACGUGUUGGUGAUAAACCAACAUUAAAAACAAGGGUUUUUUACUAUGCCGGCGUGUGUGAGAGGCACAGUCAAAAUGAAACUAAUGAAUCACAUCAGCAAGAAAUUGCUUAUUUACUUGUAGAAACCAAAUAACAGCUCUCAGUAUAUUCUCCUAAAUUGCAUGCUGGAUAUGUAUAAACUUUUUAAAAUGGGUAAAAACGGUGAAACCUGUUUGUAAACCAAGCAAUGCGAUGCCCACGGGCUGAUCUUGAGACAGCCACAGUAUAAGUGCUGCAUUUAUUGAGUCUUUGUAAAUGACAUAAAUAUGUUUAUGUCCAGCAUUCAAGACUAGAACAAAUACCAAAUGCUGUAAAUGUGACAUUUAUUAAUGCAAAAUGUUCCUAAUUUACACAUAGAAAAGUGACAAUAAUAAAUUGAGAAAAUAUGCUCCCGGGCAGUUUUGCUUGCUAAUUACGUUUUUCAGGGGUUUAUCAUUGAGAUAAAGUUCUCAUUGUACAAAGUGUGAGCUUGUUUCAGGUCGCUUUGUUGCUGUUUUUUAUGUGACGAUUUCAGCUCCACUGUGGGCAGAUAAACUGGUUGAUGUGGGACACAAUUGUGCAAUCUUACUGUUCCAAUCUAAAAAAGGUGUUUUCCACCAUUGCACAUUUUCCGCUUGCACCGUCUUUGAUGCGACUGUUAGUAUUUUAUUCUAAAACACCGCAUAUUAAUACAGACAGUAUUGUGUAAUGAUGUAACUGUUUGUUUAAUUAUUGGACAAUCACAGUAAGUAUGAAGCUCUGUCAACAUCCUGCAUUCAGACAUCAUCAAUCACUUGCCAUAAUUUGAACUGAGUGGUGGCAGUGUUAUUAAUAGAAAUUAGCAUCUUUGUUACUUUCAGAUAUUAAUUCUGCUGGUGCUCAAAGGACGCUGCGGUGGAAACACAACACAUUUGGUUUCUUAUCUCAUUCUGUUUGCUUGGUGAUGCUGCAGAGCUCUGUUUGAUGGCCUUGUGAUAAAGGGUUUGUUUCAAUUGAGGGAAGUUUCAGUUAAAUCAUAGCUUUGCAGUGGUACCAAUCAAAUAUGUGGAUUAUUUUGCUGUAAUUGCAUUCAGAUCUGUUGAAUUGCACUGUUUUACCCCUAGAGGCUAUGUUGUAUCUCUUAGGCCAAUGAAAAAUGCAUUUAAUAUGAAUGCAACCAGUGUAGUAAAGCUCCUGGAUAUUUUGCCACUGUGUGGGUUGCCUGCAACCCUUACUUCCUCUGCCAGUACAAGGCUAAAGUAAAAAGAGCGAUUGUCUUCCUCUUUAAUCAAGUCCUCGGGGUAGAGGUUUCAGAAGGCCAGAAAAGUCCCUUCUCCUGCUCUAGUGUGUGCUGUAUGCUGCCAUAUACUGUAGUCUCUGAGUGUCAACAGCAGCUACUGAGCUUCAAAAUGCAUUCUGUAUGUAUGGGAAAAAUUGGUUAAUGCAAAUCAGGCGAUCCCAAGUCUCUUUAAAUAAGCCUCACAUUAUCAGUGACUUCAGAAAACAUAAAAUCCCUUCAGGGCAGUGAUUCAUUUUUUUUUCUUCAAUGUAAACCACAUGAACUGGAUGCAAAUUUCACAUAAAUGUCCCACAUGUUCUUCUGCAUGAUGUAACCUACUGGUUUCCAUAUGGGGCUUUUUGAAGCCAUCAUAAAAAAAGACUGGUCUUAAACUUUUAACAGUCUUCUUCUUAAAAUGCUAUGUUUUUAAAUGUUAUGGUUGUAAACAUGAAAAUUCCAGACAUUUUCAAAGUCAGCUGGCACAAUUUUGAACAUUCUGCACAUGAGAAAAUAUUUUUUCUCUGUGAAUACUGUUUUUAUUAAAUUCAAAUAUUUUUUUUUAAGUUUUUGCAAUAUGUUACUGGUUUCAACAUACAUUAACUAAUAAUUAUUCAUUAGUUUCCUGCAUAAGUCUUUUUUUUUUUUUUUUUCAGACAAUUUAAAGCCUUGAAGAAUCUCAGUAGUGUUUGGUGUGAGACAAUGUUGAAUUGUAGUAUUUGCCCAAAUCUCCGCUGGUCGUAAGUAUUUAAUACAUAGUAUUUCCCCUCCACUACAAGCGUAUCACAUUUCCCUCUGAAAGCUGCUGAAUGAUUUCUCCUCUCCCUCUUUUUGUCACUCUUAUUUCACGCUCUGAAUACUUAGUAGUUAAUAGCAUCCCUCCCCUCUCCCCAUCGUACCUUUCUCUCACACAGACACUGUUGUCUCCAUACAUGAGUUUACACCAGUCUUCCAGUAACUCUUCCAGAACUAUCAGAGGAGUCUGAUUUUUAAUUUGCAGUUAAAUGGCGCCCUACACACACAGCUUGCUCGAUAAUUGACUUCACUCAGCUGUAGGGAGGAACGAUUAGAUCUUAAUAUCUAGACAAUCUUUUUAACUGUGCGGACGGAGGGAGUAAAAGUUGCGUUGAAGUUUGGAGCGUGGCUAUUUAUGGCACGCAGGGUGAAAAUGUUGGCCGGCUGCAUUAAGCAUCUCAAACACGAAAGAGCAAGUGGACCGGAUAGCAAAUAAGCACAGGGUACAAAUUAAUGACCCGGAGUGUAAUGAGAAAGCGCUGGCAUUUCUGGCUCUUUUUAUUUUUUCACACCCUUAUUUUCUCGUGUACUUUUCAGUAUCUUUGUGGUUCAUCAUUCUGUUUCCUGUGGAAAGUCCAUGAUAAUAGAGCGAGAGGCUAGAAGUCUCAUGCAUUAUUGAUCAGGGAAACUGAAUAGGUGAUCAUACUGUCUUCACGUCCAGCUCUCUGCUUUUAUGUUGUGUUAAUUAUCUAAGACGUGCUGCUUUUUCACAGACACGGAGCAGAAAACAGUGCUAAACUAUUUUAUCGUCUGAGGCCAGAAAAGGAAAAUUUACAUUCAUUGUCUUUGUUGCCGUAGACCUUUUGUUUCACGAGCCUGAACUGGUCCUAGCAGGAUAAAGACAUUACUAGAGAUUAAAGCACUGUGAGCCACAUUGUGUUUCUUUUUUCCCUUGGAGUGGAAUGUAUUGUUUGGUGUGAGAUGAUAUUGUGCUGUUAGUUUCACAGCACUGAGUUGCCUUUGUUGGAUGCCGCCCGUGCUUCCCUGAAAACGCUCUUUCAUCAGCAUUCACCUCCACUGUCUAGUUUUAUUCACUUCAUUAGCAGGCUGCCAGUGCCAAGUGCUCGGAUGCUUCUUCAAGAAUUGAUCGCGACAAGUUAAAUUUAUGUGCGCUUAUGCGGUUUUGUUAAUCUGCCCUUGUGUGGAUACAUGUGCGCGUGAUUACUUAACAUGAUAUGCAAUCCGCUGUCAAGUCGCGGCAAAGCCGGCCCCGUUGCUUCUCCCCAGCCGCGUUUAGUAUUCACAGAGCAGGUGCUGCCGUAAUCUGGAUUCUGAGGCAGGUUGCUGGGGUUUUUGUUUGCUCUUAUGGCCCUGAUAAUCUUGUUACACUGCUGUCAAGUGGAGCCGGCUCUCCCUGCAGCCCUGAACCACCAUGCAUGCCACCUUCAGCACCAGAAAUCCACCCCCCCCCCCCUCCUUACACACACACACGCACACACACACGCACACACACAACCCCCACCAGCCCACCGCCAUUUUGAGACAGCAGUUGAUGGAAGAGCCUUGGAUGUAUCCUUGAAGAAUCACCUCCUGAGCAUCUUUAUUCAGCCUCCCACCCCCACUGCUGUCCCCGACCCCCACCUUGGGUGGUGUAUGACAGUGAUAAAUAUUCAUCAGGGGAUGCGGUGCGUGGAUGCUGUAGCCCUGGUUAUCACUCAACAAAGGGUCCCCCAGCUAAUGGUGUCCAUCCUUUGCGGCCCCCUGGAGUGAUCCUGUGGAGAGGAUGAGAUGAUUAAAGCAUGACAUGGGCUCAAGGCUGGACCUAUCAUGUCACAUCAGCAUUUAUCCGACCAGAGUUUUGUCCCCCCCCCCCAACACCACCCCCCCCCCCCCACCCCUUGAGUCUUAGCCGACCUAAGCCGACCCCACCUUUUUGCGAGCUGCCCUCUACAGACUUAAGUGAACACGGAAAGCUUUUGAAGGUUGGCUGGGUUGCUCUCAUCGUGUUAGUUCAGCUUCACAACUUUCUAAUUGGCACCUUGGUUUUUGGUCCUUGCUGAGAUCAGGAUUUUUUUUUUCCAACCUGUUCUUCUCGAGCUCCUCUAAAUGUGUCGAGCGUGCAUUUUUCACGAGGCUGUUUCCUCUCUGUCUCUUCCUUUCUUUUAUUCUCACCCCCUCUUUCUCUCUCUCCGUCUCUCUCACCCACUCCCUUCCCUCUUUCCCGGUGACCACACUCAGCGCUUUCUAUUUCCUGUGGGUUUGAUGUCUCUCCACCACAAGCAAUCAGCUCUGAUUUGUCAGCGUUCUUCCAGGCGAUUCAUAAAAAUUCAGCAGGCACCUAGAAAAGACGUCUGUCCCUGCGGUGGCGUCCUACCUCCGGCGCCCCGUGCUCCACGCUGCAGCCCUCGCCUCCUGCUCCUCACGCUAGCUUUGGCCGAACAACCUCAAAUCCUCCAUAUGAGGCAGUAUAUCGGAAACCAUCCACUAUCUAUUGUCAUCGAUUGUGACUGCGAGGCUGCCUGGUUGUGAUCAAAUCAGUGCAGCAGGAGUGAAAUUUCCUUGUCACGUCACUGGUGGAAAUUAUAGGUGUGUUUUCCUUCUGUGCGGUGCCGUGUGUGUCUGCGAGUGUCCCUCUUUGUCUCCGUGAGGUAUGACAUGCCGGGUAGUGGAGGGGAGCAGCUGUGCGUUGGACCCUGUCUGUGUUGUGCUGCCAUGCCCUGUCAGUGGUAGCCGUCUGUUGGCAGCAGCCUGCGCUGGAGGCUCGCUGGAGCCUGGGCGCCGCUCCCUCCGCCGUGUCAUAUGCCGAGCGCUCGGCGCCAAGCCGUGCCCACUACGCCGGCCCGCACAGCUGUGUGGCAGAACCCGCCUCCUCGACCUGGACGACGUGCCGUCUCUGUGCAUUUUCAAGAUUCCGACUGGCUUUUUGAACAGUGUUGGGUCUGGGCUGCAGAGGGGAGAAUGAUGGGCUUAAUAUGAAAUUUGGAAGAUGCAGCCUUUUUCUGCUCUCAUCCCAGUAGCUAUUAGUGGAGUACUUUCCUGUCUAUUUGUCCAUUAUCUGUGCAUCAUCAGGCAGACCAUUAUCCCAUUAUGUUUUGCAUCUGUGGUCCAAAUGCUUACUGGAAAUGAGUCACCAGAAAGGCUGGUGAAAGACCAGCCGGCAGUACACGUGGACGUGGCUCUCGUGGCAUGACUACCACAAACAAGGGAAACAAGGCUUUGAAGGUGAAGCGGGAGCCGGGGGAAAAUGGCACCAGCCUGACGGACGAUGAACUGGUGUCAAUGUCAGUGCGGGAGUUAAACCAGCAUCUACGGGGGCUGUCGAAGGAGGAGAUCCUGCAGCUGAAGCAGCGGCGGCGCACCCUGAAGAACCGCGGCUACGCCGCCAGCUGCCGCGUCAAGCGCGUCACCCAGAAGGAGGAGCUGGAGAAGCAGAAGGCGCAGCUCCAGCAGGAGGUGGACAAGCUGGCCACGGAGAACGCCAGCAUGAAGGUGGAGCUGGACGCUCUGCGUUCCAAGUACGAGGCCCUGCAGAGCUUUGCCCGGACUGUGGCUCGCAACCCCGUCACCUCAGGCAGGGGCCCCAUGGCCUCUGUCAUAGGGCCCCUCAUCCCUGGUAAAGUAGCCGCCACCAGCGUCAUCACCAUCGUCAAAUCCAAAACGGAGGCUAGGUCGUAGUAGCAGAUACGGCAGGAGGAACAUUUGAAACUAGUCAGUGCAUUGUAACAUGGCGCAGGUUCACCUGUGUACGUUCUCACUUUCGCCCCCGUCACCAACACUAACGAGACCCUCGAAGCAUGACUCAGCAGUCUGUACUUGUCAACAGGCACGUCAUGCUGUGGAGCGACGCAAUUGUAUGCGAGCGUACAAAUACGUUGGUCAUCAAACGAUGGGGAGGCCUCACUUUAUUUGAAAAGCAAACGGUGCUGACAGGUGUGGGAGGAGGUUUUCCGUCCCAGGAAUUUAAAUUGGAACGUUCACAUUUAAUCCGAAUUAGUAAAGAACACGCUACUUGACGCCCGUUUUACAGAAACUGAAGCAAGAGCUGCAACAUAUCACACAAAACACCUUGCUUGUUAUCGUGCACUGACUUAAAUUAGAAGAAGUAACAAAUGGUCAGAAACUCUUAGUGUGGAUGUCUUCUAAAUGUCCUGACUAACCCAAAACUAGUAAAUCAGUCCGUGACUUUGUUGGUUGUCUGUCGAGAACAUAAGCUUGAAAUGAUGCUCCUGAAUCCAGCAUUCGUUUCCGUUUAUGCAUCUGUGGCAGGCAUUAAUGAACUCGUCAUUAUCAAUAUGACUGGUAGAUGCAAUAAUAUAUGUAUGCACUGAAAAUACGAAGAGGUCUUGCAUAUUUAUGGUUAAGUGGAAAUGUUAAAAGUGAUCCGCAGUUCUUUAGCAGUUCAGUAAUGAUAUUGUUCCAGAGCUGAGUGCCAUUCCUGAAUGUUAUUACAGUAAUAUCCUUGUAUUUUGUGGGGACAGUGAAAUCCACGAACAUUUUGAAACAUACUUUUUGCUCUUAGAGAAACUACGUUCAAAGUCGUUUUGUUUUAAAAAAGGAAAAAAAAAAUCUAUAUUGCAUUUUUUUGUAAUUACUUGUCGACAGGGCCGUCAGAUAUUUCCAAAAGAAGAUCUUUACAUAAGCUUUACUGUUUGAAUUGUUAAGGUGUAGAAAACUUUGUCUAAUGUUGAGUUCUUGGUUUUUAUUACUAGGUAGAUUACCUUCCAUCGUUUAUAGAAAUACACAAAAAAAACCCUUGGAAAAAAAAAAAAUCCUGUGACAUCUUUUUUGCAAUUGUACCGAAAGUGGCUUACUAUUGAAGUCUGAUAGCUUUUUCUAGUGACUAGGCGCGUACUGUGGGGUAGCGCGUGAUGUGACGUGUAAGUGACAAGUUGGCAGUGUCGUUCACUGUAUAGAUGUCAAUGCUGUGCUAUUUAAAACAAAUCUGUAGAGCUAAACUAGGUGGUGUAAACAAGGUCAAUUGUCUUCGUGCGUAUUGGCAUCUGUGAUAUCCUCCGCUUCCUCGGUGUUAGUUCCAAACCAUGCAUCAUUCGGCGUUCACCGCGUCGAGCCGCGCGAGGCGGAAUUGGGUUAAAUGGCGUUGGCGCACGUCGUCGGGCGACGCCGUUUUCCCCCCCGUGACCCGACAGGAGGCGACUCCAUCGCCACGUUCAUCUCAGCCACCUGGUCUGAAUUAGACUGUAGCAAUAGAACCCGGCGCCGUUAGCGACAGCGGCGCGGCGUCACGCGUUCAAGUUCCUCCACCGGCCUCAGAUUGUCGGGUGUCGAGCGGCCGAAGGUUUGUUUGCACUAAGCACCUGCUCGUUUUGCUCAGGACAAAACAGGCUCCUCUGAAAAAUGAACAAACCGUUGUGCGCGAGAGGCGGGGACGGCAGCUCUUUCCUCCGUUCUCUUUUGUUUUUAAUGUUUUAAUAAUAAGCAUGUCACAAAGGGCUUCGAUCCACGCACUCCGGAGGAGACACAGCACCACCACGUAGAAUUACAAUCAACAACAGCCGCGUCGCUCUCCCGGUCGCCCAAACGGAAUUUAACAGUGAAGCAGUUUUACGCCUCAAGGUGAAAGCAGUCGCGUGAUGACAUUAACAGAGCGCUCUUCAUCCAGAUCUCAUUCUCCUGCUGGUCAGAACGCGCCUCAGCAAAACUCCAAGCCAGAGACCUGGGUCCUACCCUCAUUUUAACAUGCUUAGCUAUACAUUGACUGGUUAACUGUGGGAAAAUAUAUAUCUGACUCUUGACAUAGCCCAGUAUUGAUGUUGGCGUCCUUAUUGCUGUGGCCGUCUUGUGGAGUGAAUCUUUUUCGUGUCAAGUGUCUUUAAGGUGUUCGAGCGGCACCACCGACCAAUCUCUCGAUCUCCGCUAGAGAUGGCGACUCUCUCUCUCUCUCUCUCUCUCUCUCUCUCUCUCUCUCUCUCUCUCACACAUACAGGUGUAUAGUGUGUAGCUACAGUAGGCAUUAAUGACCAUUGUGAAAAAGUGACCCUUAAUAUGCAACUCAGUGGAAAGGUGUGAAAGAGUAGAUAUAAGAAUAAUCAGUAUUGUAAAGUGACUCUGGUCUGUUAUUUAGUCAUUCUUGGAUGUUUUGUAACUUUUUCUUUUGUGAGUUUUUCUGUUGCCCUCAGAUUUCGCAUCACUAACCAGACGUGCAGUCGGCCCUUGUUUACAGCAGGUACCUGUAACAGCGUAGAGACGUCGGAGCCCCCAUGUUAAAUCAGAUUCAUGAUAUGACUGGAAACGGCUCUACUACAAACACACUAUGUUCGGUCUAGUGCACUGAGUGAAACGGUUGCUGCAACACAUGCUGUCAAGGGCCACUUGCAAUAUUUUUGUUUGUUUGUUUGUUUCCUGUUUUGCGGCGCGUCUGUACGAUGGAGGCUCUUCUGCUGCUACACCAGUCAUUAAUGCUCGCUGUUUGCUGUAGCAUCUUCAGCAUUUCUCUCUCCUCAUCACGUGUUGAGUGUGUAUUUGAAAUUGAUCUUAACACUGUAAUUUGUUCUGCAGAUCGGUUGUGUGUUUUUUUUUUAAUAUAUCUUGUUUUUAUUUGGUUUUAUUUGUUUUUUACAAGCAACAUGAUAGAGCAGCACUUGUGUGACAGCUGAAUUUAAUAUCUGUCAAGAUAUCGGCUUUUUUCAUGGAAUUCUGCUUUGUAAACAGUUGACUGUGCAGGUUUUUUCCUCUUACUCCAUGGAGUGAGUCUGUGUUUAAAAGGUAUAAGAAUCUGACUAAAGCAAGUAAUACAAAGCUAAUAAUCUGUUUUGUUAUUUUUCUGUAUGGGUUGUAAUAAAAUAUUGCAGUAAUUUGUAUGAAAACAGACAAUAGUUAAUUGUAACUAUUUAUAAAUUAAAUUAUUGUACUUUUUGCAAUCUGUAGAUAAGUACUAUGUAUUGAUAUAUACAGUAACAACUGUGGAUUUAAAUGUGAUUCUCUGACGUGUCUAAGUUAUUGAUGUAUAUAUUGUAUGUUUGUUGAUACAGCUUACUUUAUUUUCUAUAAGACCAAUAAAAUGUUUUGAAAAAGCA